AUGACGGAGAGUUAUUUCGAGUUCUUCGAAGCCGAUGAUCCCAAGGAAGAAGACCUUAUCGGAUUUAUUGAAUCCCAUCCCUCAUGCGCGUCCGAAAAAUCCACGGAUGAUCAUGAGUGGUCGUCCCUCUACCAUGCGACUAGAGCAGGAUACAACAACAUCGUUAAAGCUCUUCUCAAGCACAAGCCAGAGGUUGAAUUCAAAGACUCCCAUGGACGAACACCUUUAUGGAUAGCGGCCAGCAAGGGUGAGGAUGAAAUUGUCAAUGCGCUCCUGCAGAGUGGGGCAUCACCGCUAGUCGAAUGUUGCACAUGCAAAACUAGCGUACUUCACAUUGCCGUUCAAAAGAGACACUUUGAGGUAGAGUUGGUAGAGCGCGGGGCCUCCAAGUCAAUUGAAAACGAUGACAAGAAGACCCUAGAGAUGCUGGUUACAGAGGCAGGUGAUGGUGUAUAUGUAGAUGGAGGCGUAGAAUAUGAAAUCACUGGUAGGAUUAGACCUAUACCAGCGCCUGCCAAUGAUAUAUACGACGGAGACGAUGUCGACAAUUACGACUACGACAACGAUCCAUACCUCAACAAAUUCCUUGACCAUAUUGAGGAUAGGGGACUUGAAGCGUUUUUCACCCGCAACGGUGCUGACCUCAAGGAAUCUCUCCGUCCAUACACCAUCCAAGCCAGGAAGUUGAUUAAAGAACUGAACGCGGAAAAGGAGGAAUCUGCUUCGGAAGUGGCAUUGCUCACUUUGUAUGACCUUGCUAUUCUCAUUGAUGAUAGUACGUCGAUGCAGUGGGUGGAACAAGGUAAACGAAUCCAGGUUCUUGUCGACUUCCUGAAAGCAAUCUCCCAUAUAUAUUCCUUCGCCGGUGAGGGUAUGAAUGGUAAAAUACGAAGGAUACGGUUCCUAAAUAGCAGGAAAGGCAGUGACUAUGUCGAUAGUGCUGAAGUAGAGAAGCUACUCCAUAAUCACUCUUACAGCGGCAUGACAAGGAUAGGAACCCAGCUUAAAAAGAAGAUUUUGAUCGAUUUGGUCUCCUCAAAGAUGCCGAGGCCUCUUCUUGUAAUGAUUAUAACAGAUGGAGAGAUACAAGGCGAAAGGAAGAAUGUUUUGUUCGAUGUACUCACCGAUGUUUACUCCUUCUGCAAAAACUUUGCUACGGGAGAAUACGCUGUCUCAUUCAAGUUUUGCCGUAUCGGAGAUGACCAAGGCGCAAAAGACUUGCUUCAGGAACUUGACGACCACAAGGACUUGGGGGUACAUAUCGAUUGUCAGCGAGCGCAUGUUGAUCUUGCAUCUAUUCUCAACCGGACCCAGUCAUUCCAUGAGGUUACAAAACUCCUCAUUGGUGCAAUCUCUCAAGAAUGGGAUGAUGAAUCAUAA